UGCAUUAUUGUUUGUAUUUCGGGUAUUUCGUAAUUGCUGGUGAUGUUGAUGUGAAAUAGUAAGGUUUUCAUUACAACUAUUCAUAAAGUACUAGCCUAAGAAUAAAAUCUAUCACGAAGGGAAAGUUAGGUAUAUGUCUUCAGAUCAUCCGAGUGGUACGCGGCAAGAAAUGAUAACAACGGUAGCUGACAGUAUUGCAAUAACCGAAACCCUCACCCAGGAUCAAGCUCCUGGUAGCAGCCACGCUGCGGAGCCUCCGGUACUCCGUUUGCGUCUACAAAAACCUCCGUCAUCGAGAAAGGUGCAAUGGACCAACGGUACUGUAGAUAAUGAACAUUUGAAUCGAAAAAAGUCGAAAUGCUGCUGUAUUUACAAAAAACCAUUACAAUUCGGUGAAAGCUCUUCGGAAAGUGAAGACGAGUGUGAACAUUGUUUUGGCCAUGUGGAGCUAAAGAAGAAGAAUAAACCACACGCUGCAGAAUCUGCCGAAGAUACUGUGGAUUCUGCCGUUGAGCAACAGUGUGAGCAACAGCCUGCAGCAGUAGCAGAAAGUGAACCAACCGACGGCGCACCUACUACUGUUCAUGGAAAAGAUAAGCCAAGUGAUUUAAAAGACAACAAUUUGGAUGCUACGUAGAAAGCCUGAGAGCGGAGUGGUUGUUUCUUUUUUGGUCUAAAUUGGUUAUUUUAUUUUAUAGCAAUGCCAUUUGAUCUUGAAUGAAAUUUUAAUUCUAACGAAAAAAAUGGUUUCUCAAUUUUCCUAAUCCCCGGUAAAUAACAAAUUUUAUUUCUUUGAUUCUUGAUGAAUUGGCAAAAUGUCGCUAAUCUGGUAAAAAAAUUUCCGAAAUGAUGUGGUUAAGACAAAAUAAUAGAUUCUGUAUAUAAAUACUAGUUUACUAAAGUAAUAAAUAGAAAUAUGAGUAACCGGCCUCGAGGUAUGAUGCUGACCUAAUAAGCCAGUCGUCGUAUGUUCGAAACCCGGCUGGGAGAGGUUGUUAGAGUCAAUAGAAUCGUAGCAACUGGUCCUGCAAUUGUCCUGUACUCUGACAAUUGGCUGCGAAGUCUGUCCUAUAAAAACAGAAGGUCAAGUUUCGAUAACGGAAUGUACACUGAGAAAACUUUUCGUAAAGUUUCUAUGUGUCCCACAUAUAGAUUUUUGCAAUGUGCCCUGUAAAUGAUCUUUAUGUGCCAAAGAGUUAUCAUUUAUGUGCACGCGAAAAAUUUGCACAUACUAUUCAUAUGCGUAUAAUUUUUAUGUGU